UAGACGGGCUCUUUGCCGAGACGACUAACGUGCUAGCCGAGCGGCACCUAUUCACGAGCCGCGAACAACUGCCCGGCGAAACCUUCCUCGAAUUCGUCGCAGCUCUCAAGGAGAAAGCCCUCUCGUGCAAGUUUGGCGCCACUUACGACGACAGAGUGCGGGACCAAGUAAUUCACGGAGUCGCCAACGCACAUGUACGGGCCAAGCUACUGUCGUACGGGGAAGCCCUUACGCUGCAGAAAGCCGAAGAAGUUGGACGCGACUUGGAAGCGCUCAACAAAGCCAACGCGGCAUUCGGAGAGAAUGAACGGCUACUCGGCUCGCUCGCCGGGGACGGCGGUAGCGUCCAGCGCGUCGCACGUGGCUACGCAGCAGCAUCACAAAAUGGCGGGUCGGCUUCCUCGGCGGCCCCGCAUGUGACUCAACAUGGCGGCGGCUUCCCCCCCAACUCGGGUGGCCGCGUCCAAGAUGGCUACGCGGGCUCGUCAGCGCGCCUCCAGGACGGCGUUCGCGGCCAAGACGGUCAGCCCGCUUCCAAGCCUCUAGUUGGCCCUUGUUUUCGCUGCGGCAAGUCAGGGCAUUUGGCCAAUUCCAGAAAUUGUCCGGCAAAAAACAAAACUUGCCAAUUUUGCCGCAUCAAGGGGCAUUUCGCGGCAGUCUGCCGUAGACGGCAAGCGUCGGUGCAAGAAGUUGCCCCCGUCCAAGACGCUGACUCCGGCACUGCCACAGUCCUGUCCGUGCAAGCUGCGCCGACUAGCCCAAGAGACUUGCGCAUCCCUGUUAUCGUCGGCGGACAUAGCCACAUGUCAUUGCUGGUGGACACCGGAGCCACUGCAUCAUUAAUGACCAAGAAGGACUUCGACAUGCUUUUCGCUUCGAAGCACCGACUGCUCCAAACGUCCAUCCAACUGCAGAAUUUUUCGAAGCACCGCAUACCGGUCCUAGGGUAUUUCCGCACAGACUUGCAGCACCAUGGCAAGCGGGCCUUUGUCACCUUCUACGUGACCGCACACGGCACUUCACUGCUGGGGCUCGACGCCAUCCAGCAGUUGGGACUCCUGAUCGACGGCGCAACGCUAACGUGUCGUCUGGCUUCACCCGUUUCCUCGCAGCUUCCUGCAGGUGUGCCUCCGGGGUUCGAGCACCUGUUCGACGGGAAGCUGGGACUUGUCAGGGACUACGUCCACCGGGUCAAGAGGCGGCCGGACAUCGUACCAGUGUCCGCCAAGCUACGUCGCCUGCCUCUGGCGCUCCGGCAACAAGUCGCCAGCGAGCUGCGUCGACUCGAGGACAACGACGUCAUCGAGCGGGUGUCGGCAUCCGAAUGGGUGUCGCCACUCGUGGUCGUCCGUAAGAAGGACGGGGACAUCCGCCUAUGCGUCGAUCUGAGAGAACCGAACAAGGCCAUCGUCGUCGACGGGUUCCCACUGCCCCAUGUGGAUGAACUGCUUCAAAUGUUGAAUGAGCUGUUGCCUCGGCAAUCCAUUCCUAGUGCCCCGGCUGUCCAGUGCGACGGCGCACCAGCUGAAGUGCACACUCCGAUGCCUGCGACCCAGGAUCAACCAUUGGGUCUUCAGGAGGAAAGUCCUGGGUGUUCCUCCUCACCUACAGUAAAUGCACCAAAUUCCAACAUGGGGGAGGGAAGAGAUGGGAAUGGGUCUUCAAAGUCGGCUCAAGACAGCCGCAGCCCACGAAGUUUUUUGCCUGGGAGUGAUGGGAAUGGGUCUUCAGAGUUGGCUCAUGGCAGCCACAAUCCGCCAAGUUCUUCUGGGAGAGAUGGGGACGGGUCUUCAAAGUCGGCUCCCGACAGCCGCAACUCUCAAAGUCCUCCUGCAGGGCCUGGGUCACGUCGCCCACAGCGGACGCGCAAGCCCCCAGCCCACUUGAAGGACUACAUCACAGACUAAAGUAGUCCGCGUCUUCUGGGGCUAUACUGCCUUAAGAGGCCCGCAGUAUAGCCGCAGAGGUCUGUGCGUUUGUGUGAACUUUUCGUGAAUAGUGCAAGCUGGCACUUGUGUUGGUAUGGUGAAGUGACUUUUUUUUGUGUGUGUAACAUAGGUUGUAAUAUGUACAUCUAGGACUGAACUUCUGCGUAUUGCAGGUGCCAUCUUUAUCGGAACUUGAAUGUGAAUUUUUUUAGUGGUUCCUGAUGUACCACAGUUACAAUUGUAUAAGGAUGCAAUUCUUCCCAGGGCGGGACGAUGUUGUGUCGUGCGACCCCUGGUGCCAUGCUGAGACACCAGUGCUGUUGUGCUUUCUAUUCAUGCUACUGGGGGGAGCUGGGUCUCUGCCAUGCCUCUGUGCUACCACCAAUCCGGCGUGGCCAUGCCGGUCAUGUGACCCGUGCCUCGCGGACCAAUAGCCUUUCUUCUCGCUCCUUAAAAUCGCCUGCAAUAAACGCGGGAGAGCAGUCUCCCGUCAG